AUGGCCAGCUACGCUUCGUUGCUCUUGGCCUGCUGCCUGGGCAUGGCCUCCAUGCACCUGGUCUUCGUGGCUCAGGGCUCUCCUGGAUCAUCUGCACCACAGACACCCAGCCAGGUGUCAAGUGCUCAGCUGCCAGGAGCACCCGACAUGGAGGACAACGGCAUGGCCCAGGCUGCUUUGCGCUUCGGAAGCGGCCUGAUGCUUGGCCUUGUGCUGUUGGCCUUUGGACAGCCCACCUUUGCUGAUGUGGAAGAUGUGGUGAUCCCUGUGGAUGACAAGGGCAAGACCACCACCUUGACCAAGGAGCAGGUGGUUCGUGGCAAGCGUUUGUUUAUCGCGGCCUGCGCCUCUUGCCAUGUCGGCGGUGGCACCCGCACCAACCAGAACGUGGGCCUGGCCAUUGAGGAGUUGAGCGGUGCCCAGCCAAACCGAGCCACUGUCGAGGGAUUGGUGGACUACCUGAACAACCCCACCACCUACGAUGGACUUAAGGACAUCUCUGAGGUCCACCCAUCCAUCAAGGGUGGCGACAUUUGGCCAAAGAUGAUCUCAAUGAAGCAGCAGGACUUGUAUGACAUGUCCGCGUACAUCCUGUACCAGAAUCAGACCAUCCCAGAGAAGUGGGGCGGAGGAAAGGUCUACUAUUAGGCGACGCAGCCUCCUUUCCGUUCUGAUCACGAUGCACAUAGUAUUGCAUUCAAGGACAAAUCAGUCCUGAUGCUUCGCACGGCUGUUUCGCAACGUCAACGGCCGCGCGAUUUCUCCACAUACACAAGAUAUCACGAUGGGGACCCUGCUUCGAGGCAGUUGAAA